AUGGCUAUUAAAACGAUUGGAUUAGCACUUAUUGGGAAUAAAAUUUAUCCUGUUAACACUAGCGGUAAUGGUAAGGAUAAUGAAAAAGAAGAAAACAUGCCAAAAUCAAAUCAUUAUAACCAAUAUCCUUUUUUAACGGAUGGUUUAACAGAUAGUGAUGAAAUUAGUAAUGACAUUAAUGAUGUUAGAAUUAUUAGUAAUAUAAACAGCGGCAGCACUAGUAGUGAGGAUGAAGGUGAACAAAAUAGUAAUGAUCAUAGUUAUAUAGAUAAUAACGAGUAUGAGGAUAAUUCGUCGAAAUUUGGAUAUUAUUUAGAAGGUUGGGAUUAUACAAAUAAUGAUGAGGAGAAUGAGAAUGAAUUAGACGAGAAUGUGAAUGAAUUAGACGAGAAUGUGAAUGAAUUAUAUGAAUUGGAUUAUGAUGAAUCUGAUUAUGAUGAAUCUGAUGAAUCAGACGAGGAUGAAGAGUUAGACUACGAUGAAUUGGAAUUGAUAAUGAAAAAGAUACUUGCUUGUGAAAACGAUAGUUCAGAUGAAAAUUUAGAAUAUAGUGACGAUGAAACUGAAACUGAAGAUGAAGAUAUUGGAAAAUAA